CAUUCCGUUGUCCUCUAACGGCACGCCAUUCCCCAUCCCUCUCGCCGCUGCCGUCCCCGUCUCUGACUUCUCUCUCUCUCCGGCCAAAUCAAUCCACCCGCCGGCGGCGAGCACGGAGACAGAGGGGUAGGAGCCGACAGCCGAGGCAGUCCACCACCGCGCCAUGGCGCCGCCCCCGAGCACCAGCGCCCCCGACGGCGGCCUGGAUCCCAGGGACGUGUGCGUCGUCGGCGUCGCCCGCACGCCCAUCGGCGCCCUGCUCGGCUCCCUCUCCUCCCUCCCCGCCACCAGGCUCGGCUCCGUCGCCAUCCAGGGUGCUCUCCGGCGAGCCAGCGUCGACCCGGCGCUGGUGCAGGAGGUGUUCAUGGGCAACGUCCUCAGCGCCAACCUCGGCCAGGCCCCCGCCAGGCAGGCCGCCCUCGGCGCCGGCCUGCCCAACACCGUCCCCUGCACCACCGUCAACAAAGUCUGCUCCUCGGGGAUGAAGGCUGUCAUGCUUGCUGCGCAGUCGAUUCAGCUGGGGAUCAACGACGUCGUGGUCGCCGGCGGCAUGGAGAGCAUGUCCAAUGCCCCCAAAUACGCUGCCACAGCAAGACGAGGAUCGCGGUUUGGGCAUGAUGUCCUGAUCGACGGGAUGCUGAAAGACGGGUUGUGGGAUGUGUACAAUGAUUUCCAUAUGGGGAUGUGCGCUGAGCUCUGUGCAGAUCAGCACUCGAUUACAAGGGAGGAGCAGGAUGCUUAUGCCGUACAGAGCAAUGAGCUUGGACUAGCGGCUCGAGACAGCGGCGCGUUUGAUUGGGAAAUUGUUCCGGUUGAAAUUCCUUCCGGUAGAGGCAGACCACCAGUUGUUGUUGACAAGGAUGAGAGUCUUGCAAAGUACGAUCCAGUGAAGCUGAAGAAACUUGGACCGGCUUUUAAGAAGAAUGGCUCUGUGACUGCCGGCAAUUCUUCUAGUAUAAGCGACGGUGCUGCUGCAAUUGUGCUAGUCAGUGGGGAGAAAGCCAAGAACCUUGGCCUUCAAGUUAUUGCAAGGAUCAGAGGGUAUGCUGAUGCUGCUCAGGCACCUGAGCUAUUUACAACAACUCCAGCUCUUGCUAUCCCAAAGGCUAUAUCAAAUUCAGGUCUCCGAGAUUCACAAAUAGAUUAUUAUGAGAUAAAUGAGGCUUUCUCGGUUGUUGCAGUGGCAAAUCAGAGACUUCUUGGCAUCUCUCCUGGAAAACUGAAUAUAAGUGGUGGCGCUGUUUCCCUGGGCCAUCCUAUCGGUUGCAGUGGUGCCCGAAUCAUAGUCACCUUGCUCGGGAUUCUUAGACAGAAACAGGGCAAGUUUGGGGUUGCCGGAGUUUGCAACGGCGGAGGUGGUGCUUCAGCCAUCGUCGUAGAGUCCAUGCAAUCUUCGUCGCGCCUGCGUUCCUCGCUGUGAUGCGAAGUUACCAAACCAUGAGUGAUCCAUGGUGUAUUAAGUCGGAACAUGAUGCAUCGAUGGAUGGAAAAUGUGAAGAUAAUAAGGUGACCGUGUGCUGCUCGCGCAUCCUUUCAGCAACUAAAUGUUGUGGAGCAAAUAAUUGUGUGACUGUGAGUUGCAAUCAUGUGGGCAUAGCAAAUAAUCAGGUUUUGGUAGGGUAUUUCUCAUCUCCUUUUUUUUCCUGCGGACAUGAUAGGAUUUGUAGCUGAGCAUAGCGGAGUCUGUACGCCAUUAGCAAAAACAUAUACUCCCUCUGUACCGCGAAAUACUUGUAGUUAGAGAAAGCUAGUACAAGUUCUCCCAACAACAAGUAUUGUGGUACAAAGGGAGUAGUAAGAACCUAAGCUUUAUACAAAUAUACACAUGCCUUGCGGUUUUUCGGGUCAUGGCCACCCACCGCCGAGCGAUUCU